AUGGUUUCAAAACCCUGUGAUGAUAGUGUGAUAUUUUCCGCUUUUGGAAAACGUUACUAUGCAUUUAUCGUUGCACCUAGCCGGGUUGUUAUCUACCGAGUUUCGACUAAAGCAAUUGUGUUCGAUAAAAUACUCACAAAUCGCCAAGAAACACUCACUCGUCGAUUCACGUCCUUGAUCAACUUCGAGAAUGGGUUCUACGCCGGCCUGUCAGAUGGAACGAUCUUUUCGUUUAUAAAGGGCAAAAAAGCUAAAUCGAAAUUUAAGCUUAUCAGUUCUAAACGUGAGAAGCUCGGUGCCUAUAACAAUUUCGAACAGGAUACCUCACACCGAGCGAUCACCUUACUCGGGUGUAACGCAGACGUACUUGUUUAUCAGACUAAAAAUCAUGAAAUAGUCCUUUUAAGACAGUCAAAUAAGCCAUACACUUUCCCUUUCAAAGAACCUAUUUGUAAGCUAAUAAUCGACGAUAAAUUCAAAAUGCUUACGUUCGCAACACAAAAUGAAGAUAGUGUUUUUAUACACUCGAUUAUGUAUGAUUGUCUCCAGAAGGAGAGCAACGAGUUUAAAAUACCCGAACAUUUCGAAUUAGUCGACCUUUCGAAAAGUGGCGUUAUAGCCUGUCAUGAUGAAGGCGAUUUUAUUAUAUGGAAUCCAUUCGCAGACCCGAUGCCAGAACCCUUUUCCAUAGGUACUCCGGAUAGUUUGCCACAGUUUACUUGUUUUGCAGGAGAGUUGGAGGAAUAUUUUGCAUACAGUGACUCUAAAUACCCAGAGAUAGGUAUAGCUGCAGGAGAGUUGUGCGCAGAAAACGGCCAGGAAGAAUGGGAAAGGCAUAAAUUCGCUCAACAUGAUAUGAUGCAAGAUUGGAAAGUAUCGAAAGAUCACAAUUUGCAAUGGGAAGACAACAAAAGUAACACGACGAUAAGGGAUAUUCAAUCUGACGGAAAAAACCUUAUCAUCCGAGUUCAGGGCCGUCCUCAUGAACACCGCAAUAAGCCAAUGAAGGAAUGUUUACUAAUAUUCGAUCUAUCGAAGAAUGAUGCCAGCGAACACUUAUCGUGUACGGAUUACAUCCCCUUAGAUUUCAGGGCGUAG